GAACUCCCUGCACAUGUCUCUAUCUCGUUAAGCCAUACAUACUGAGAGUUCUGUUCUGAUAUAUGCUUUAUGGAGCCAUGGGCGCCAUUUUCCACGCUCAAUCUGAGAAUUGGAUUCCCCAGUCCCAGUCGCACGAUGUUAAGUGGCAGAGCCAGAACUUGUGCUGUAGCCCUAACUUUUCUGGAUCGCGCCGCCGCAAAAGGAGCCCCGCCGGCAUGAAUCCACCUAAUUCCCGAAAUCAUUCAAGAGCCAAUCUCCGGCCGGAAGGCGCUUCGGCUUUGGGGCCCGGUUCUCCAGCUAAAAACCUCGUCAUGGGCCAGGUUAAGAUCCUUAAACGCGGGGAGCAAUUGCCGUCUCCGAGUUCGGACACAACGACGACGACGUCUUCGCGCGAAUCUUCUCCUGGAUCAGGCGGCGUUUACUGGAAUGCGGAGGAAAUGCUGGUUCUCUGUUCGACUCAACGGCUGGGACCGGAGCCGGAGACCGUGCAUAAGGAAAUUAAGUUGCCGGAUUUGUCUGCGUUUUUGGUUUCACCUCUGCCCAGUUCUCUGCCUAUUCCGAAAUUCUUUGGGACGAAAGUGAAGAAAACUGGUGCAGCUACCUGCCACUUGCGUUGAUUUGGAGUAAAUUCUUGGCACUUUAAGACAAUUGGGAAUGAAUAUGAAUGAACAAUUGGAGAUAUCUGGCAAGCCAAGCUGUUCGGAUUGUAUUGCUUUCUCUUGCUUCCUAAUGUUUUUCAGCAAGCAAGCAAGCAAGCAAGCAAAUAAAGGGUUGAGAACUUGAAAUUGAAGGAAAAGAAAACCAUAAAUGGUUUAUCUUGUCCUUUGUGGGAGUUUUGCAGCUUUUGUAUGCCUGAUAUAGAAUGUGUAUUCUCAGUGAAUAGGUAAUGCAGGACUCCAUAAGAAAUUCAGAUUGUCUUUUGAUAUCUCCAAAUGCAAGUAUUGGGUUUUGUAGGAUGAGCAGGUACCGUGAAUAUGUGGAGGAAACCUGAUAAGGAAGUUAGCUAUUCAGUUCUCUAUUCUUUGAUUUUAUCAUUUUGUUUGUAAAUGUAAUUUUUGAGUUUAAUGCAAUAAGAGGUUUAUGGUUUUGUGGACUA